AUGGAUCGCGAUGAAAACAUGCGCGAAGUUAUGGAGGACGAAGAGACCGAUCUUGAUGAAAAAUAUCCGAAUCGUCCUCGAAACACUGCUCCCACCUUGCCAUUCCACGAUCUCUUCGAGACUCUCUUCCGCCCUCUUAGUGAAAUAAAAAAGAAGCCUGCUGGGCCACCAGGAGGUCGCAGAAAAGUCGGUCCUCAUGGCCAGCCAGCCACAAAUCUUAAUCCAUUUGAGAGACGGCGUGAUGUAAUAGAUCGCUUCAUUUCAAGAUGGCGGAAAGAGGUGGGCGAUGACAUAUACCCCGCAUUCCGAUUAAUCCUUCCAGACAAGGACCGAGACCGGGCAAUGUAUGGGAUGAAAGAGAAGAUGAUAGGGAAGAUGCUCGUUAAAAUUAUGAAGAUUGAUAAGAACUCCGAGGAUGGGUUUAAUCUUUUGAACUGGAAGCUUCCUGGGCAAGCGGCCACCUCCAGCAUGGCAGGCGAUUUUGCCGGAAGGUGCUAUGAUGUCGUCUCGAAACGGCCAAUGCGCACGGAAGCCGGGCAUAUGUUGAUCGAAGAAGUUAACGAGAAGCUUGACCAGCUAUCCACUGCGUCGAAGGAGGAGCAGCAGUUGCCGAUUCUUGCGGAGUUCUACCGUCGCAUGAACCCUGAGGAGCUCAUGUGGUUGAUCCGGAUUAUACUUCGGCAGAUGAAAGUGGGAGCGACAGAGCGGACCUUCUUUGAUGUGUGGCAUCCUGAUGCGGAAAACCUCUACAGUAUAUCAAGCAGUCUUCGCCGUGUUUGCUGGGAGCUCCACGACCCCAAUAUCCGGCUUGAUGCAGAAGAUCGAGGUGUUUCAUUGAUGCAAUGUUUCCAGCCACAGCUCGCGCAGUUUCAGAUGCAGUCAUUGGAUCGCAUGAUUUCCCGCAUGAGACCAACGGAGGAUGAUACUGUUUUCUGGAUUGAGGAAAAGCUUGAUGGAGAACGUAUGCAGAUUCAUAUGGUGUCUGAUGCUUCUGUACCAGGCGGCAAAAGGUUCAAAUUUUGGUCACGAAAAGCCAAAGACUACACAUAUCUUUACGGCAAUGGCAUAUAUGAUGAGGCAGGUUCCUUGACCCGACACCUCAAAGACGCCUUCGCAGACGGGGUCGAUAACCUGAUACUAGAUGGCGAAAUGAUUACCUGGAACACUGAACAAGAUGCCCCUGAACCCUUUGGUACACUCAAGACGGCUGCUUUAUCUGAGCAAAGGAGUCCAUUUCAACAAGGCAUCCACCCGCUACUCCGCAUUUUUGAUAUCCUCUAUCUCAACGGUCGAGACCUGACAAGGUACACACUACGUGAUCGUCGAAAUGCUUUACAGAAAGUCAUAAAGCCUGUACAUCGACGAUUUGAAAUACAUUCAUUCGAAGAGGCUACUGCCAAGGCCGAGGUUGAAGCUUCGCUCAGGAGGGCGGUUGCGGAAGCUUCUGAAGGCCUAGUUCUAAAGAAUCCUAGGUCCCCAUACCGCUUGAAUGAGCGACACGAUGACUGGAUGAAAGUGAAGCCCGAAUAUAUGACCGAGUUUGGGGAAUCUCUUGACCUCGUCGUGAUCGGAGGCUACUACGGAUCUGGCCAUCGAGGCGGCAACCUUUCUAGCUUCUUGUGCGGCUUGAGGGUUGAUGAGGGCCAGUCUUCUCAAGGGUCGAAACCCACCAAGUGUUACUCUUUCUGCAAAGUAGGCGGAGGUUUCACGGCCGCCGACUAUGCGAACAUCCGACAUCACACCGACGGCAAGUGGACGGAGUGGAACCCUAAAAGGCCGCCCACGGCAUAUAUUGAACUUGCAGGGGGCGAUGCUCAGCACGAACGACCAGAUAUGUGGAUCAAACCCGAGAAUUCGGUGGUCCUCUGUGUGAAAGCGGCCUCCGUGUCGGUUAGUGAUCAGUUUCGAAUCGGCUUGACGCUUCGGUUUCCGCGGUUCAAGCGGCUGCGCAUGGAUAAGGACUGGAGUAGUGCACUGUCUGUGCAGGAAUUCCUAGAUCUGAAGUCCAACGUCGAACAAGAACAAAAAGAGAAGGAGUUCAAUGUUGAGAACUUUCGCAAGAAACGGGUAAAGACGUCGACUAAGAAGCCGCUUACGGUAGCGGGAUAUAGCGAGGAUGCAGAGGUUCAAUAUUCUGGCCCAUCAAGGCAUAUAUUCAAUGGGCUCAACUUCUAUAUCUUAACCGAUACAAAUUCGCCAGUCAAGAAGUCAAAGACGGAACUGGAAAGCCUGGUGAAAGCCAAUGGAGGCAAAAUUUAUCAAACGAAUAGCGCCGCUCCCAAUACGAUUUGUAUCGCAGAUAGGAGAACCGUGAAAGCAGCAUCGUUGCAGAAAAGUGGCGAUGCCGACAUCAUACGACCAUCUUGGAUACUUGACUGUAUCCGACAAAGUGAAAUUGACGCUGGUCUUCCAGAUUUGCUUCUUCCUCUUGAGCCUAGGCAUAUGUUUUUCACCACAAGAGAUAAGGAAGAAUCAGUAUCAGCGAGCGUAGAUCAAUUCAAAGACAGUUAUGCUCGUGAUACCACAGUCGAAGAGCUGCGGGAUCUUCUAGAGCAAAUGGGCAAAGAACGGGAGGACAAUGAAACCUGUAGUCUUGAAGCCAUUGAAAGGGUUACAGAAAGUAUCCAAGGAAAGGUCGAUUCUGGUUGGACAAUGCCGUCUGGGUGGCUAUUCAAGGGAUUGACCGUAUAUUUCCCUAAAAAUGGCGAGGAUGAUCUGGAAUCAAACAGUCUUCAACCAAAACAGUCACAUCGAACCCACCUAGCCAGGAAUACCGUGAGGUUUGCAGGUGCAAGCGUGACACACUCAUCGAAGGAUCCAUCCGUUACACAUAUCGUCGUCGGCCCAGAAACCCCAGCAUCGGAAGUAUCUACACUUCGCGAAACGUUAUCAACGUGGAAAAAGAUUCCGCACAUUGUCAAGGUCGAUUGGAUCGAGGAAAGCUGGAAAGAGCGGACACUCUUGGAUGAAGAGCGCUUCCAACCGUCCCGAAAAUAA